AUGAUUACAUAUUUCAAAUCUCAUUUCUUGCUCUCUGAUUCCUUUUUAGGGUAUGCUGCACUCGCUCUUGUUCUCGCGGCUGUGAGUUUUCUCAUAUACCGCUGGGCUUUGCCUAAACCCAUUCCUGGCAUUCCCUAUGACAAGAAAGUGGCACGCAGUAUAUUCGGGAACUUGCCAGAACUCAUAUCCUGGCAGAAAGUUCAUGGCCGACCGAUCCUUUAUAUGACAGAUUACUGUCGCCGCCUCAGCAGUCCUCUGGCGCAAGUUUGGCUAGGUCCUCUCAGAAAGCCCGCAUUGGUGCUGACCGACUUCACUGAGAUCGAAAACCUUACGCAGCGUAGGGCUAAAGAUUUCGGUCGAGGUCGGGACUUUACGCAGUCCUUUAGAUAUGUGGUACCUGAGUUUCAUGUUGCCCUUGAAAAAGAAGACCCAAGAUAUAGCGCAAACAAGGAUUUGUUGAAGGAUACUAUGACACCAACAUUCCUGCAAAAUGUGUCUUCUCCACAGAUCUAUAUGCGAUCUACCAAUCUAGUUAGCUUGUGGAAAUUCAAGCAUGAACAUGCUCACGGCCGGGCAUUUGAUGCUUUCGAAGACAUAUUCAGCGCUGCUUCAGAUAUGAUCCUUGCGGCAGCUAUUGCAGUGAACGAUGAAAACAGCGCUAUCGUUCAACAGCUGAAAUAUCUAGAGUCGUUCGAUGGAGAACUUCCGUUGCAAUUCGACGAGAAAUUCAACAGCGUUGGCCUGGAGAGAUUGUCUCACCACAUCGGCGAACAGGUUCUAAGUGCGUUUCCAAACACGAUGCACUAUUAUUGUCUACUCAAAGAUAAGGUAUUGCGUCAAUCCUACGCUUGGGUGAAAAGAUUCGAUGCGAUGGAAAUACAGAAAUCUAUUUCCCGUUUGGAAAACAAGUCCAUAACAUCUGUCCUGGAUCAUAUGGUACAGCGCGAGAGAAAAGCGGCGGAUAGUAAGGGUAUCGAACCGGAUUACUUCAGAAACGGUAUCUUCGAUGAGUUAACUGGUUACUACCAAGCCGGGCAUGAAACUAGCGCGACAACUAUAACCUGGACUCUGAAAUUUCUUGCUCAGAAUCAAGAUGCGCAAGACAAAUUGCGCAGCAAUCUGCGUCAAUACCAUGCGGAAGCCUACCAGGCAGGUCGACAACCAACGAAGGAAGAGAUUGCAGGUGCCGACAUUCCAUACCUCCACGCGAUUGUUGAGGAAACACUUCGAAUGCGACCGCCUUUUCCUGCUCUCAUACGCUCUACUCUAGUUGAUACUGAGAUGAUGGGGUACAGAAUUCCGAAAGGGACUACCAUUCUCAUGCCCUCUAGUGGACCUGGACUGGAUGAGCCGGCCAUACCUGUUCCGGAGGAUCUACGAACCAAGUCUAAUAUCACUAAAAGACGUCCUGACUGGUCGCCAGAAGACGUACAUCUGUACAACCCAGAUAGAUGGUUGAAAUUGGACGAGGAAUUUGGGAGGCUAAAAUUUGAUCCUUCAGCUGGGCCUAUGCAGUCCUUUGGAUUUGGGCCCAGGCAAUGUUUCGGGAAGAGGCUGGCAUACAUACAGCUGCGAACGCUUGUCACACUACUCUUCUGGAAUUUCAAGUUUGUAGAGCUUGAUGGAGAAAUCGCGUCACUUCAAGGUCAUGAGUCGACUACACUUAUUCCAAACUACUGCUACGUAAAACUAGAAGAGGUGACAGCGUAG